CGAGCCCGCUCCCUAGCAACGCCGCUUUACGGCAGCCGGGGCGCUCCCUCCCGUCCCUUCCCUCAGUGGGACUCGGUGGCGGCGGCGGUGCUGCCAUGUCCUCGCCGGGGCGGUCCGAGGAAGCGGACCGGACGCUCUUCGUGGGGAACCUGGAGAGCCGCGUGCGGGAGGAGAUCCUCUACGAGCUCUUCCUGCAGGCUGGACCAUUAACCAAAGUGACGAUUUGUAAGGACAAAGAAGGCAAACCUAAGUCUUUUGGAUUUGUCUGCUUUAAGCACAAAGUAUCAGUGCCUUAUGCAAUAGCUUUGCUGAAUGGAAUCCGUUUAUAUGGAAGACCAAUUAAAGUGCAGUAUCGGUUUGGGAGUUCUUACUCUUCAGAACUUAACAGCCCUACGCAUGGUUUUGAGAACUUUAUUGACUUAUAUUCACCUUCAUAUAGGUAUCAAGAACCCUAUGGAAGUCCUCCACUUCCUGUUACUCCUUUUCCAGCGAACAAUAGUUUACCUCAUGAAUAUUUAGGCUUUCAAAAGAUGAUGAACCAUUUUUUAGCACAGCAGUACACAGUACAGAGUCCAAUGGGUCAACAGUUGCCUUACUUUCAGAUGACUCCGACACUGCCUUCAAAUUUACCCUUUUCUCCCUAUCAGAAUCAAGCUGCAACUUUUAAGUCUGUACAGAGUUCUUUUGAAUUGGCCCUGCCACAUUCAAGUGACUGUGAAGUGCACCAGGUGGAUGAAAGUGCCUCUAAAAGAAAGAGAGAGCAGCAAAGUUGUGACAGUGACACUAGUAUUGAGGAUGACAAAAUGAGACAAAGAGAGCACGACCAAAAAUACAAGAAAUGUAAAGUCAAGAAAAAGACACAUUAA